AAUUGGAUCUAAACAUUGUAUCGAAAAGACAUUACCAACAUGGAGCGAUCAAGGUCGACUUCACCUACUCUGUUCCGCGAGGACGCGGCAACUCCAGACAUCGAAAGCGCACCGACUUCGGUACCUCCAAGCCAGAUAGACCUUUCCGCUGGCCCAGACAACGAAAAAGAACCAGAAAAAAGAGACAUUGAGUCAGACGCCGGUGCCUGGCUCUGCGUCUUUGCAUCUAUGCUAUUCCUGAUAUCUUCCUAUGGAUUCAUGAACUCCCUCGGAACAAUCCAAUCCCAUCUUACCCUCAACGAGCUGAGUGGCUAUAGUGUCAGCCAAGUUGGAUGGAUAUCAGGAACUUAUCUCUUUCUCUCCCUCAUCUUCAACUUCCAGAUCGGCUCUAUCCUAGAUCGCUAUGGUCCUCAGAUCCUCGGCCCGAUCGCCGCAGCAUUCUCCACCGUUACAUUCCUUCUCUUAGCUGAGUGUACACAAUAUUGGCACUUUAUCCUCUGUCUCGGCCUUUUUGGCAGUAUCGGGAGCGGUAUCGGUGCUGUCACAGCUAUCGGCGUCAUCGGCAAGCUUUUUACUCGCCGUCGCGGUCUUGCCAUGGGCAUUGCCGUCAUGGGUACUUCGCUUGGUGGUAUUAUUUACCCAAUGAUGCUACGUGCUACUUUUGGCAAGCUUGGCUGGGCUUGGUCGAUGAGGCUUGUUGCGCUCGUCAUUGCCUGCAUCACGUCACUUGGCGUGUUAUGCUAUCUACCAUUCCGUCGUCUCACAGAAGGUCAACAAACGGUUCAAAAGCCCCAGAGCUUCAGCCUAGACUUGUCGGCUUUCAAGUCUUUAAGCUUUGUCGUCACUGCACUUGGUAUCUGCAUGGUUGAGUUCGUCAACUAUGGAAUCAGCGGCCUGUUGCCGACUAUCGCAAGAGGAGCAGGAUUUUCCACCGAGGAUGGAUAUACUCUCCUAUCAAUCCUGGGUGCUUGCUCUUGCUUAGGUCGUUUCUCGAUCGGAUUCGUGGGAGACAAGGUUGGGCCGUUCAAUGCUAUGAUCACCACCAUGUUUGUCAUCCUGGUGUUUAUCUCCUCCAUCUUUAUCCCAUUCAGCACGACCUCAGCUUCUCUCAUGUAUACCUUUACUGCACUUUGGGGAUACUGUUCUGGAUCUUUCUACGUACUGUCGCCUUUAUGUACUGGAAAGACCUGUGAGCCUCAAGAUUAUGCUCGGUACUUUGGCUCUACAAAUAUGUGUGUGGCUGUCGCACUGCUCCUGGCAAAUCCACUAAGUGGAAUCUUGCUCGAAAGGUUGGGCGCUCAGCUCCUAGGUUGCUUCUAUCUCGCCAUCAUCGUUCUAGCUGCCAUCUUCUUUAUUACAGGGCGAUCACUCCUACUUGGAAAAUGGCUCGUCCUCUGCAGAAGGUUGUAACAGGGAAUUAUGACUUGCGGUUUUCUUUUUCGCAUAAUGAAUGGCAAGAGUGCAAUAAAAAGGCAGAAUACAACAAUAUGGCGUUGUUUAGGAAUCAUCCCAAGCUGGUAUGGAAAAGGUAAUGAAAAGUGGAAUUUACAUGGUCUAGAGGGAAUCUGAAAUCCGGAAAAUUAUAGAAAAACAAUUAGAACAGCUCCCAGUAGGGAAUACUUAAUCAUAAUACUUUCAUCGAG